AUGUCGACAUAUAUCGAUAUUAUACUCCAGAAUCCGCAGUAUGCGGUCCUAUCCGCAAUUUCACUCGUCACCCUCCUAGUUGUCAACUUUUCUUUCUUCGCCCGAGAAGAAAAGUACCCCGUUCUGAUCCCCAAGAAGCCUUUUGAGUUCACCAACAGGCGUAUUGUGAAGGAGUUCAUCGCCAACAGCAGGACCCUACUUGCAAAUGCGAGAAUUGUUCAUAAGGACCAGCCAUACAGAGCCUACACCGAGAUAGGCAAGGUUCUGGUUAUUCCUCCUUCGUGGAUUGAUGCUUUGAAGAGUAACCGACAACUGGACUUUCAGACAACGGUUCAAGAUGACGCUCAUGAAUACAUUCCCGGGUUCGACCCUUUUGGAUUUGAUAAUAAGAUGCCAACUGUUAUCAACAAGUAUAUCACAAAGACUUUGAUCAGAUUAACUGGUCCCAUCUCCGAAGAAUCAUCUUUAGCAAUCCGCGACUGUCUCACUGACUCAACAGAAUGGCACGCAAUCCGACCCCAGGCAGACCUCAUCCGCGUCGUAUCCCGCGUAUCAUCCCGAAUCUUCAUGGGCGAAGAGCUCUGCCGCGACGAAGAGUGGAAUAGGGUUUCGAGCGAGUAUACUCUGUUAGUUUUUGGCUACAGUAGCUAUUUGCGAGAAUAUCCCAGAUGGGUUCGACCGUAUAUCCACUGGUUCCUCCCUCAGUGCUGGGCGAUCCGCGCAAAGCUGAACGAGGCACGACAGUGCCUCAAGCCCCAUCUUGAACGCCGAAAUGAUAUCAAGCAGAAGGCCCUCGCUGAAGGAAAGCCAUGUCCUUUUGAUGACUCUAUUGAGUGGUUUGAGAAAGAGUAUGAGAAGCAUGAUCCGGCUAAAGAGCAGAUUGCGGUUUCAAUUGUGGCUUAUCAUACUACAUCGGAUCUACUUGCUGAGACACUUCUUAAACUUUGUCAACAUCCUGAGCUAUUCCAGGAACUUCGGGAAGAGAUUGUUACGGUUCUGACUGCGGAGGGCGGAUUGACUAAAGGAGCGCUGUAUAACCUGAAGUUGAUGGACAGCGUGGUCAAGGAGUCCCAACGACUGCGACCAAUUCUACUCGGAGCGUUCAGGAGAGUAGCCACAGCUGAUAUCACCCUCCCUAAUGGCGACAUCCUCAAGAAAGGCGACAAGAUCAUCGGUAACAUGUCGCAUAUGUGGGAUUCCGAUACCUACGACAACGCACUUGAGUUCGACCCUUAUCGCUUCGUCAAGAUGCGUCAGACCGGUGAUGAUAAGAAAGCCCAUCUCGUUAGCACCAGCUCUGAUCAUCUUGGUUUCGGGCAUGGCUUCCACGCAUGCCCCGGACGCUUUUUCGCCGCCAACGAGAUCAAGAUCUUGUUAUGCCAUUUGCUGCUCAAGUACGACUGGAAGCUACCGGAGGGUUUUAAGCCGCGGCCAUGUCACUCGGGGUUUAAACUCGUUGGCGACCCUUCUACGAACCUAUUGGUUAGACGUCGCACUGAAGAAUUGGAUAUUGGUUCUCUUUCGAGCUCAUAG